AUACCAAAUCACUGCAAUGCUAAGAAUGUGGAUGCUGAGUUCUUUAAACGGAUCCGAUCCUCCUACUAUGUAGUCAGUGGUAAUGAUCCAACAGCACAGGAGCCCAGUAAGGCAGUUCUGGAUGCUCUGCUGGAAGGAAAGAGCCAAUGGGGAAAUAAUAUGCAGGUCACACUGAUUCCAACCCAUGAUACAGAAGUUAUGAGGGAGUGGUACCAGGAAACCCAUGAGAAGCAGCAAGACUUGAACAUCAUGGUUUUGGCAAGCAGCAGCACUGUGGUCAUGCAAGAUGAGUCUUUCCCUGCAUGUAAGAUUGAGCUGUGAUUGUCAUGAUCUAGAUGUGGUAGAGGUUGGAUGCUAGACAGCAAACAAAUGAAAAACGUAGUACAUACAGUACAUUCACAAAAGCAAAUGUUUUGGAUCACAUUCCACAUACUCAAUAGAGGAACCAGUAAAAAUGUUUCUCAGUAAAAUUAUCUAGUACUUUUUGAGGUCUCAGGUUGUGAAAAAGUUUGGUUAGACAUUGUUGACCACACAAAGACCAAUUUUUGGUGUGAAUCAGACCUCCUUAAACACACAAACAACCAGCAGAAGCUAAACUAAACUAAACAACUGACUAAAUGCAUACAGUAGUCGGUGGAUGAACACUGUACUGAGCAGCUCCAAUAAAAUUGAACAAACCCAGGGGUGAGAACCAGAAAGGCGUAAGUGACAUUUCACCAACUUUACAGGAGAGCCAAAAC